AAUUUUCAGAUUUAUUUUGGAAAUAAUGUUUAAAUCAGUUGAAGUAAUGUAUAAUUAAUAACCUACUGAUAAUAUUUUAUAAUUUACGCAACUCUGGAUGGGUAAAUUAACAAAGAAGAGAAGUAAUUCUUUGAAUUUGUGUCAAAAUAUGUCACAAGACGAAUCAACGAAUUUAAGUUUCUAACCUAGAAAAAGUUAACCGCCGACCGAGCGUGUUUCUUAAAUGUGUUGUCCAGGGUUGUUUGCUGCAGUUUAUUGUGUGUAACUCGAAUCACCUCACUGAAAAUACAUAAAUAUAUCCAUACCAUUCCGACAAUUCAACAGAGGUGAAAAUGAGUGUCCCACAAAUCACCCUCGACCAGACCGUGGACAACUCCCGUAUGCACAACAUAGACGCGUUACAACAAGCAGCGCGUUUCCUAGACAGAUGCCUAAUCAAGGACAAUACAGCUCCAACUCUCCUGGAGCAGUUAAACAUUGGAAAUCAACAGAAUACAACAACAGCAAGUGGUUUAUCAGACCAUGACUAUCCAAUUCUCAAUGGAUUACCACCUAGUCUUGCUAAUAAAACCCAAAUGAAGACUGUAAACAGAGUGCCAAUGCCAGCUGAAAUUAUGGAACACUUUAAUCAUAUGCAAUGUCAUUGUAUGAUGGGCCUAUUCCCAGAGAUAAAUAGAGCUUGGUUAACAAUUGACAGUGAUAUUUAUCUCUGGACGUUUGAAGAUGGUGGAGAUGUUGCCUACUAUGAUGGUUUGAAUGAAACAAUCCUAAGCGUAGGACUAAUCAAACCAAAACACGCCGUUUUCCAAAAUUUUGUUAAACAUUUACUAGUGUUAGCCACAGCUGUUGAUAUUGUUGUCUUGGGAGUGACUUUUACUUCCGAUGAGGACGACGCAAUGAAAGAAAUCCAAUUAUUUUCGGAUCCAGUGUUUUCUAUUCCUACAGAUGGAUCUUUGGUGACUACUAUUGUCGGUACCAAUAGUGGAAGACUGUUUUACGGCAGCAAAGAUGGAUGUUUAUAUGAAAUUACUUAUCAGGCUGAAAGUAGUUGGUUUGGUAAACGAUGCAAGAAAAUCAACCAUUCUACAAGCAAACUUGCAUUUCUGGUGCCUUCUUUUGCCUACGCAGCGAUGGCGAGUGAAGAUUCUGUUAUUCAAAUCGUCCUGGAUGAUACCCGAUACAUUUUGUAUGUUUUAACAGAAAAAGGUUCAAUUGAAGCGUAUGAUAUGGGAGAUAAUGGUACAUCUUUAAGUCGCAUUGGGAAAUUGACACAGAAUAAUAUCGUACAUCAAGCGCAUUCUAUAGUCAAGACAUUAGACUCUCAGAACUUUCAUCCGAUUGUCUCAAUCUCUGCUGUUGAAUUAAGCGAGUCUGCUCGUGUGCAUCUGGUUGCCAUCACACAAAGUGGUGUACGGUUAUACUUCACAACUUACACGCAAUCGCAGAUUAAUCUUCCUUCACCACGGCCGACAACUUUAGCGUUGUUGCAUGUACGUUUACCACCUGGAUACUCCGCAGGCGCACAUUAUCGUCCACGCGCAAUACACAUGGCGAAUUAUCGCGAACGUACGGUUGUGAUGGUCUCCAGCGUAGCCGAAAAGGAAACUCUUUGGUGUCUGAGUUCAGAUCUGUUUCCAUUCUGUCCGAGUUUAAUGGAAGCGACGACUACAAUCGAUCUAGAUGGACCUGUGUUAGCUCUGGCUGAGGUUAAGUAUCCUACUAAUAUAUUACUGCAACCCACACAACAAGUACCGCCAUUGGUAGUGCGGCAACAUUCCGAACCACCGAGAAAAUAUGUCAUUCUCACCGCACAAGGCGCGCAUAUUAUGAUAAAACAACGUCCAGUUGAUUUGUUGAAACAAUUAUUAUUGGAUACACGCGCUUUGGAUACUGACAUCCUAAAAGCGUUCUUUAGUAUACAGCAGGAGGAGCAAGCGUGUGCUACGAGUUUGAUUUUGGCGAGUUUAGAAUCACCACAGAAUGCUGAAUUGUCUGAACAUGCAACUACAGCGUUCUUUAUUUUUGGUGGUGAACCACAACUUGCGCCGCAAUAUGGCGGAAAUCAACAGUUCAAUCAAACACAACAAUUCGGAACAUCGUUUUUGCCUAAUAUGAUGUCAACUCCAAUGGGUAGCCCGUAUCAACCACAAUCCCAACCACAAUCACCUAUGGGUCCAUCUUUCUAUAGUUCUCCAAUGAAUCAAACACAAAACUUUGUACCAAUGCCGCAAAAUCCGCAGAUGAUGGGCGGUAACGCCCUCUAUGAUGCGAAUUGUCCGUUCUUUUUCUCGCCGAAACACAACGGGCUGUAUUUAUAUGUUGGGCGAAUUCUAAGACCAAUUUGGAAUCUCAGAUGUGUUGAAAAGAUGACUUUAGAUGCCAAAAAGUUCUAUUUAACUAGCGCCAUUGAUCAUGAAAACUGCGCUUGGAUUCUCUGCCAUCUUGAAUCACUCUGCACGUUUUUACAACGCAAUACACAACUCACACUCUGCUCCGGAAAAUAUCAACCUCCAUCUGAUAAACAUUCGCGAUCGAGACUCACACAACAAGACGCGCAACUAGAAGAGCGUCAAUCAUUGGAAUCACUGAAAUUAUUCGUCAAUCACACAACACAAGUGAUUGGCCUGUGGAAAAUCCUAACUCAACAUCAAUUCCAUAUUCUGAUGGAGAGUCUUCCACCAAAUCAUCAACAACUUCUACAGAAUACAACUUUCAAGGAUGUCUUUCUAUUCGGACAUGAAAUCUGUUGUAACUUGAUAAAUUCAUUGAUUAAUAGUUAUCUGGGUGACAAUGCAUCUGUGGAUUCUAUAAGCGCAAAGUUGCGAGACACUUGUCCGAGUUUAUACAAAGCGGAAGACGCUGCUUGUUCAAAGGCCAACGAAAUGCUCAAAUCGGCGAAACACGUGAUGAAUAUCGACGAACGCGAAGAAUUGCUACAUCAGGCGCUAGGUUUGUGUAAAAAUGUCGCGCCGAAUGUGAACUUGCCUGAAAUCUGCGGGCAGUUCACUACUUUGAAGGCGUAUCAAGCUGUUGUGGAUCUAUGCGUCACAUGCGCGAAGAAAUUCGACCCGGAAGAUAUCGCCGUACAUUUUUACAAGAACGCGGAUCAGAAUGACGAGGAUGCGUAUCAGUUUUAUUUGCGGCGCAUGGAAGUGUAUAAGGAGGUGGUCGCCAUGUUGGAUCAUGUACAUUCGACGCAUGAUAAUACUAUUACUAAUAUUGCUGGACAGGGACAAGGGGAUGUCACGCAGGAAACUACAGGAAGUCAAAUUACAAGGAAAAUUAUUACUGAAAUACUACGUGAAGAUGAUGAAUUGUUGCAUAUUGCUGUAUAUGAUUGGAUGAUGAACAAACAAAUGAACGGCGAUCUUAUUAGCAUUCAACAACCGACGUUGGAGACCUUUUUGGUUAAGGCUUCGCAGCGUAAUCCUAAUAAUAUUCAUUUGAUGGAUAUUCUAUGGAAAUAUUAUGAGAGUAAUAAUAAUCACGCGGCAGCUGCACGUGUUCUUAAUGCUUUAGCAUCAGCUGAAGAAAAUGGUUUGAUGUUAAGAGAUCGCCUCACUUAUUUAGCACGCGCGUUAAUGUGCAUGCGCAGUGAUAAAGUUGGUUACGCUCCGUAUUUAGGUGUGUUUCUGCGUGAAUUAGAAGAUAAACUUGAAGUGGCCAAGGUGCAGGAGCGUGUGUUAGACGCGGUGGUGAUUCUGAAAGGACGCCAUAUUGAUGCGGAGAUGGCCGAACAACUGCUCAAUGGUAAACUGUUUGAGAUCACGCAGUUGUAUGAAGAUUUCGCGGAUAAAUUCGAGCUGUGGGAGUGCAAAUUGGCGAUUAUUAACUGCGCAGGAUAUUCAGAUACACUCCUAAUUGAAAAUAUCUGGAGUAAUAUUAUUCAGAAUGAGUUGCAUAAGGCAGGCGCGUAUGGAAAUGAUAAACUGAUUCAUAUUUUGGUUAAAAUUAAGGGUUUGGUUAAGAUUUAUAAAGGAUCUGGGAGUUGUGUGCCAUUAGAUUAUUUAGUACUGGAAUUGGAGAGAAUCAGUGCACAAUUGAAGGCUGAUACAUCUUUAGUGCCGAAAUUCUUUGUAAAUUUAGAUUAUACAGUGGAAGUCUUGAUUGCGGCUUAUAAUAAUGCUAUGGGCUCAGCAGCGAAAGAUAACUUCUGGACCAACGAAACGAAUGAAAAUCACUUCUCCGAGGCGAUUGGUGCUGUGAUUCAGGCAUUUAUCGACACACAGAAUAAAUAUACCAAUGCAGAUAAGAGAAAAAUGAUAGCCAUUUCCUUGGAUACGGUAGCAGGUCUAUUGUCGCUUUUGUACAGCAAGCCAAACACAGACCACGUUGUUAAUCGAUUGCGACAGGUACAAACACGUUUGUCACGAAUGUAAUGUGUAUGGAGAAGCAACUAAAAGGUAUCUGGAUAUGAAAAUUAUGUACUUUUGAUAACUACCACGUGAAUGAUUGUAAUAAUAAAAAUUAUUUAAGAAUAA